CAUUCAUAUUUUUCAUAACAAAGUGUUUGAAUAUUUUCAUCUAGGAGCAUAAUAGAGCCACAGCAAUAUCAACACACAGGUCUGAGUAACCGAGAGAGUGAUCUUUCAGGUUCAGCAGCAGCAAUGAUUCACAAUAUUUUAAAGAGAAUUACUUGAAGAGCUGAAAGAAGCUACAUUAGCAAUCUGAAAGCUAGAUUCGAAAUGGUGUACGCGUGCGUAGAUCAGCAGAGAUGUGGCUGAUUAGCGUGCGUGCGUCGUCAGUUUCGGUUGACUGCUGCUCGCAGCUGCGACAAUCCAAAAAACGGUGAUCUACCAUCCGCUCGCGCGAGAGAUUAGAGAGAGCGCGAGAGACAGCGAGAGAGUCGUGCUAAGUGGCUUUCCAGAGGAGUUGCAGCAGGCGGCGCGCGGCGACGAAGAUCUACCAAAGCGGUGAUAAAGGGUGAACCGAGCCCGAGCCCGAGCCUGGGCCUGUCGCUUUUAUUUCCGAGCCGAGCUCGAGCCUGGACUUCUGAGCUCGCCUCAAAACGAGUCCGAGCCCAAGCCGAGCCUUCAUUCUGCCGAGCGGAGCCUGAACAUGUCAAAGCUCGGCUCGGCGGGGCUCGUUUGCAGCCCUUUAAUUAGUUGUAAACGUUGAAGCUUCGUAUAAGUCGCCGGGAUAGGUGAUCUCUCAAAAUUAUGAACGGGAGCAGUCAGCACUAUUGCAUUGCAGCACUCUGCCGUCUCCGAAUUUCAUAGCUUUGUAUCCAGAGCUAGCAGAAGUAGAUCUUCUCACAUUUUUGUCAGUAUAUUUGCUGAUUUUGUCGUAUUCCUUGCUGUUCUUCGCGGCGAGAUGAGCAUGGAGAUCCCCUUCUUGUGUUUCCAAAACAUAUCAUUGGACCAGAUCCUCUCUGAUACUAAUACUCUUACUGGCGGAGAUAAAUCUUUCGUGUCUGGGUAUUUUUCUGCAUUUAAUAAAAGAAAAUGGCGGAACCCGUUUUCGCGGAUGAAGUGUUCUUCUACUGAAACAGGCAUACAGCUAAAGCCCAAGCCAAAACAAUCGAAAAUCAACAUUAAUGUAGAGAACGAAGCUCAUCCAAAAGAUGCCUUAGUAAGAAAGUCGAGUUUGGGACUUUGCAUUCAGAUAGAGAAGUUGGUUUUCUGUAAGAAGUACGAGGAAGCCCUCGAAUUGUUUGAAAUUUUGGAGCGCGAAGGUGAUUUUGAUUUGCCCGCUAGCACGUAUGACGCUUUAGUGAAUGCUUGCAUUGGAUUGAAAUCUAUCGGGGGUGUGAAGAAGGUGUUUAAGUAUGCGAUUGAUAGUGGGUUUGAAUGGGAUCAGUAUUUGAGGAACCGGACAUUGCUGAUGCAUGUGAAAUGUGGAAUGAUGAUCGAUGCACGCCAACUGUUCAAUGGAAUGCCUGAUAAGAACCUUGUUUCAUGGAAUACAAUAAUUGCGGGGCUUGUUGACUCUGGAGAUUACUUGGAAGCGUUCCAUUUGUUUCUUGAUAUGUGGUGUAAGUUUUCAGAUGCUGGAUCCCGUACUUUUGCCACUGCGAUCCGGGCUUGUGCAGGGCUGGGAUAUCUUUUUGUUGCAAGACAAUUACAUUCGUGUGCUUUGAAAAUGGGCGUAAGUGGAAAUAUUUUUGUGUCUUGUGCAUUGAUUGACAUGUACAGUAAGUGUGGGAGCAUUGAAUGUGCUAAAUUUGUUUUUGAUGAUAUGCCACGGAAGACCACCGUUGGAUGGAAUACCAUUAUAGCUGGUUACGCACUGCACGGUUAUAGUGAGGAAGCUUUGAGCAUGUAUUAUGAGAUGCGUGAUUCUGGUGUCAAAAUGGACCAUUUCACAAUCUCAAUUGUUGUAAGAAUAUGUGCGAGGUUGGCUUCAGUAGAUCAUGCUAAGCAAGCUCAUGCAGCUCUCAUUCGUCAUGGAUUUGGGUUAGAUAUAGUAGCCAACACAACACUUGUGGAUUUCUAUAGCAAAUGGGGCAGGAUAGAAGAUGCACAGCAUGUUUUCGACAAGAUGCCCCACAAAAAUGUUAUAUCUUGGAAUGCCUUGAUUGCUGGAUAUGGCAAUCAUGGGCGAGGAGCUGAGGCUGUUGAGAUGUUUGAGCAGAUGCUUCUUGAAGGAAUGAUGCCUAACCAUGUUACUUUUCUGGCAGUAUUAUCUGCUUGUAGCCACUCAGGUUUAUCGGAUCGUGGAUGGCAGAUCUUUGAAUCAAUGCAUAGGGAUUACAAGAUUAAGCCACGUGCGAUGCACUAUGCAUGUAUGAUUGAACUGCUAGGUCGAGAAGGGCUUUUGGAUGAAGCUUUUGCAUUGAUAAGAGAUGCUCCCAUUAAGCCAACAGUUAAUAUGUGGGCUGCCUUGCUUAUAGCUUGCAGGAUCCAUAAGAAUUUAGAGCUUGGAAAAUUUGCAGCUGAAAAAAUUUAUGGAAUGGAACCGGAAAAGCUUAGUAAUUAUAUUGUGCUUAUGAAUGUCUAUAACAGUUCUGGGAAGUUUGAGGAAGCUGCCGCUGUCCUUGAGACCUUGAAAAGAAGGGGCUUGAGAAUGCUUCCUGCAUGCAGUUGGAUUGAAAUCGACAAGCAGCCUCAUGUUUUCCUUUCUACUGAUAAAUACCAUGUUCAGUGGAAGGAUAUUUACCAGAAGUUAGACAACUUGUUGCUGGAGAUUUCUAAAUUUGGUUAUGUUCCUGAGAUUUCCAACUUUUUCCUUUGUGAUGUGGAUGAAAAGGAAGAGCACACAAUACAUCAUCACAGUGAGAAAUUGGCGGUUGCUUUUGGGCUGAUCAAUACUUCUGAUCAGACAUCAUUGCAGGUUGUGCAAAGCCAUCGGAUCUGUUGCAACUGCCAUACUGCAAUUAAGUUAAUAGCCAUGAUUACUAGACGGGAAAUUGUUGUGAGGGAUGCCAGCAGAUUCCACCAUUUCAAAGAUGGAACUUGUUCCUGUGGGGAUUACUGGUAAUGGUAGGGUUCUAUUUAGGGACCAAAGAUCUUUGUCACCUGGAACACUGUACCUAGAACUAACCUUUUCCCUCUUUAGGAAUAUACUAAUGCUAGCAUAUGUUUUGUUGUCCCAAUCAUUCAAACUUAUACAACUAUGAUUAUUUUUUCAAUAAA